UUUGUUUCCUGUUUUGUUGACUGAAAAUAUGGCGACGGUGAAGGAUUCGGCGUGCCGCAAACUUGUCAACUUUAUUCUCGAUGCCGCCCUUUAAUUUUUUGUCGUGACCUGAUAUUAAAUAAAGAUGAUGCAAUUUGGCCACCCACCACCGUCGCUGCCCAACAUGUCGGGGCCUCCACCACACGUCCCGACGCCAUUCGGGUCCAGAAUUUUCGGGAGCGGCCCGCCAGAGAAGUCCAAGUUCUACACACCAUUCCGCAACUUCAACAAGGGUGGGAUGGACGCUGAGUUUGACGGCAAGCGGCUUCGGAAGAGCGUGAUGCGCAAGACGGUCGACUACAACUCGGGGGUGGUGCGAAUGCUGGAAAACCGCGUGUGGCAGCGCGACUGGCGCGACCGCGCCGCCCUGCAGCCGGACAUGUUGUACGUGCCCGAGUUGCUGCCGCCGUCCGCCUAUCCGGACAACCCGAGCAACGCCAUCACCACCCGCUUUGUCAAAUCGGCCACCAACAAAAUGCGUUGUCCGGUGUUUUGUCUUGCGUGGACGCCCGAAGGCCGCAGACUUGUCACCGGCGCUUCCAGCGGCGAGUUUACCCUCUGGAACGGACUCACCUUCAACUUCGAGACAAUCCUCCAGGCGCACGACAGUCCCGUACGAACAAUGGUGUGGUCGCACAAUGACAUCUGGAUGGUGACGGGAGACCACGGCGGCUACGUCAAGUACUGGCAAAGCAACAUGAACAACGUGAAAAUGUUCCAGGCGCACAAGGAGGCCCUCCGCGGCAUCAGCUUCAGCCCGACGGACCAGAAAUUUGCCACUUGCUCCGACGAUGGCACCAUCCGCAUCUGGGACUUCCUGCGCUGUCAGGAAGAGCGAAUCCUCAGAGGGCACGGCGCUGACGUCAAGUGCAUCCACUGGCACCCACACAAGGGCCUCAUCAUCUCCGGCAGCAAGGACAACCAGCAACCCGUCAAGCUGUGGGACCCCAAGACAGGACAGUCCCUUGCCACCCUACACGCACAUAAAUCGACGGUGAUGGACGUGCGGUGGAACGACAAUGGCAACUGGCUUGUCACAGCCUCCAGGGACCACCUGCUCAAGUUAUUCGACCUGCGCAACCUCUCGCAAGAAGUGCAGACCUUCAGAGGACACAAGAAGGAGGCGAGCGCUGUUGCCUGGCACCCUGUUCAUGAGGGACUCUUCUGCAGCGGCGGCUCCGACGGCUCACUCCUUUUCUGGAAUGUCGGUGCCGACAAGGAAAUAGGCGCGAUCGAGCAGGCCCAUGAUAGUAUUGUGUGGGCACUGGCUUGGCACCCCUUGGGCCAUAUUCUCGUCUCGGGCUCCAACGAUCACACCAGCAAAUUCUGGACGCGGAACCGUCCCGGCGACCAGAUGCGGGACAAAUACAACUUGAACACGCUUCCUGCAGGCAUGGCCGGAUACGAUGACAACGAAAUCGACGACAUGGCCCUAAUCCCGGGCAUGGGUCCCGAAGACAAGGUGGAUGUGCCUUCGGGGGCAAGUUUCACGCCCAGCUCGAGUCUCGAUCCAUCGGUCAUUCCAGGCCUGGACUUUGACAGUCUGCAGGACCUGCAAAAGCCGACCAAGAAAGUUCCUUAUGCCAAGCCCAUUCCCAAAAACUUCCAGGCGCAGUGGAACGAAACUAAGAAUGAUGAGGAAGAGGGGAAGCACAGGCGAGGCCUGACAGAGGAGCAGGUUGUCGAAGUGAUAACAAAAUUUAUCGCGAAAAACCCUCCACCCGGAUUUGUUCCUCUGAAGGAUGUAGAGCCGGAAGCCAUCAUUCUUUUUGGACAACUCAUCAAUAUUAUUCCUGCCUCUGCCUUGUCGGAAGCAAUCAAGAGUGGCUCCGAGGCAGUCAUGGAGUUUCUCGAGUCCGGAGGAAUCCCUGAGUUGGCGGAUGAAAUCCAGAACUACAGAAUGGCGGCUGAAAAAGAGGACGAUGACACAAAUCUGGAGCUCCGUCCAGAAGAACAUGAAAGUUAUCAGGGUGACGAGGAGUCGCAAGAUGUCGAUGAGUACGAAGACUACGACGAGGAAAACGAAAAUGAAGAUUGGGACUAUGAGGAGAAAAACUCAAACUAUGACCAACCUGAGAACCCCUUUGGAAGGUCUGGUAACUUUGGGGCUAAGGAGAACUUUCGACCUCAGAACCCCUUUGACAACCCAAACAAUUUUAACCCCAACUUUGGCAACAUGCCUCCCCGCUUUCCCCCGCGCAUGGACUUCCAGCAAGGAGGCGGCUUCAGACCCGACUUCCCUCAGCGACCUUUUGGGCCUCGAGAUGGAUUUGGCGGACCAAGAGGGCCCUUCCAAGGUCCCCCACCAGGUGGCUUCAACGCCAACCAAGGCAGCACUGGUCAGCAGGGCUUCUUCAUCAGGGGACCUGACAACUUCAACCGCCCUCCAGGACCCAACGCCUUUGGAAACCAGGGCAAAUUUGGUAGCCAAAACAACCAAGGGAACUUUGGAGGACCCCAGGGUGGCAACUUCCGGCCGCAGGGAAACUUCGGUGCAAACCAGGGUGGCAACACCUUUGGCCAGAAUUUCGGAGGCAAUCAGCAGACGGGCAACUUCGGCCCAAACCAAGGGAAUUUCGGAGGAAACCAGGGAGGUAACACUGGAAAUUUUGGAGGCAACCAAAGCGCAGGUGGCACCUUUGGCUCUAAUCAAGGAAACUUUGGCCAAAACAAUCCGCAAGGGAACUUUGGCCCAAACCAAGGCAACUUUGGAAACAAUUUUGGCCAGAACCAAGGAAACAACCAGGCGGGUAACUUUGGAGGGAGCAACUUUCCUAACAACCAAGGAAGCUUUGGGGGCAACAGCCAGGGUGGCAAUUUUGGUGGUAACCAGUUCAGUGAUCCUCGCUCAGGGGCCAGAAAUCAGUUUCAGUCAAGAGGCGGUGGACCCGACCGCAACAGAGACAGACAGGGCGAUCAAGGGGGCCGCGGCGGCUGGCGGGGCGGAGGCCCUCGUGGCCGGGGUUUUGGCAACUGGCGGGGUGGCCCUCCAAGAAAUAACUGAAUUGUGUUUGUUGUGCUGGACGUUUGUGACGCGACUGUUGAAUUGUAAAUUAUUAAAUUAAACACGAGCAACUUUUCAAUGAACAGUAUUUUUGUGUUUGAGUGUGCCUAUCUUUAUUUUGCUCCACUACUUACAAAUGAUUUCCAAAUAAAAAUAUCCUUUUGGGUAAGUAUGAUAAACAUCUUUUGUUAAGAGAUGUGUUAUUACAAACUAGGUAAUUUUGAAACCAAACAAUUUUUAGUUGGCCUUCAUAACACAAUGGAAACUAGUUUCGUAUCUGAACAGCAUUACAGUGAUGCACUAUUAAGUGAAGUAGUAAUU